AUGAUUGGUAGUGAUUGGCUUAGUGCAACUUCUUCAGAUACCACCUCCAGUGGAUGUCAUACUGUAGCUCAGAGCAGCAGUGUUGAUGUUACAUCGGCUGGAGUUAAUUCGUCGGUGACUAGUGAGCCUCCAUUAAGUAAAAGUCAACGUUUUUUCGUUGGACUUGGAAUUAGUGGUAUGGCUGCUUAUAUUAUUUAUUCUAUUUACCGAAGUGGUUCUAGAGGUCCUCCUCAACUUCUUUGGGGAGCUUUACCAAAAACGAAAGAGAAUGGAGACCGGUUACUAUCUCAGGUAGGCUUAGAAAAAAACAUGGCUAGGCCUACUCUUGCUAUGGUAAACUUUCCAAAAGAAAUGCGAGGACGAUUUGAGCGAUCGUUUCAUCCUUUGAUUGAUUCUGCGGAACUACAUUUGGUUUAUGCAUCUGUUGUAUUUUAUCAUGAUACAAUGGAGAUUAAACCGAGUAAUUUGGCAGCAGUAGUACGAGAAGAAGUCCUUGCCGCAUUUGAUAAUUUAGGAGGUACUCCUUGCGCGGUUUACCGUUCUGCCCUUGUAGUAGAUGAUGAGUGUGUAAACCCUUUUUGGAGUGUGAGUGAGGCUAUGAAGGCUACACAAGGUCACACGUUCUUUGAGCGGCACUGUAUUGGCUACACAGUGGAUGGUAGAAGAGUAGAAACAAUAUUUCACGAUAUCCAUGGGACAGUUAAUGCUGCAACUGUUACUGGUGAUAAUAAUAAUCAUAAUAAUAAUAGUAGUGGUAGUAGUAUUAGUGGUGGAGGUCGUUGUGCUUCUGCUGUUGCUGCUUUGAUUCCUCCUACGGCGAAAUUAGAUCUUUAUAUUAGUGAGGUGGAAGAUGCGUUACGACGCUGUUUUGGGGCCACCACAAACACAUUUGCAAAGAAUAGAGAAGGAUAUUUGGAAACUCUGGAGCGUCGCGCACUCUCUGGUUCUACAAAGUCUAUGCAAGGUCCAUAUGCAGAGUCUAUUGAUGUGUUGUGGUUAAGUCCUGUACCGUUGUUUGCGAUGUUUGCAGUCGCAUUGCGUUACAGCCGUGUGGAGUUUGACGGAUGGAGAUUGCUUGCGGAACCUAACAAUGAUAGUGGUAUGAUACCUCGUUGGUUAUGGCAAAAAUUUAGGCGUUGGUGGUACGGCAGAAAAUCGUCUAGUGUAGAUGAAAUAGAGAUGAAUCAAGAAGAGCUGCUGAAGCAGCAUCUGCUGAGUGAGACGUUUUUCUUGGAGAUUGAGAUUUGUCAAGACGUAAAUUUGUUUCAGUCAAAUCACUUUAACACAUUGCGAGAAGCAUUGGGACAUAAGGAUGCGAAUGAUAAUAAGGAUGACAAAAAAGAGAAGACGAAGAAGAACAACAAGAACAGUAACAAGAACAAGAAUGGGGACAAUAAAGGUACAGAGUAUCUUGUAAUUAAUAGUACUUUACCUAUUAGUGGUAGUAAAGGUGCUAUUCUUCGCUGUCGCUUAAGUCCUGGUUUAACUGUCUUUCAGGCCUUUCGUGAGGCGUGGCGGUUGUCGGCGUUAGUGGCAUGUUUAAACUAUGAUGUACGAUGUUUCCGUCUUCUUACUGCUGUGAAGAGUUCACCACCGUCAUGCUCUUUACAAUCACCGCCUUAUCUUUCAUUGUAUCCAGUCUCAGCAGAAGAUUUGGAAUUGGUGGGUCCACCUUCCUUCUCUUCUUCACAGUAUUUUUGUUUGCUCGAUAACGGCAGUCGUCUAGGGGCGGCGGAGGCAUUCAAAUACAUCCGCGAAAAAAAUGUUCAGGAACUACAUUAUGUUCUCGCGGAGUACGUGAUGCCGGAGUUAUCUCAGGAUGAGUAA